AUGGUUCCGUGUAAGGAGGAGCUGGAUGUCCAGGACAGACUGCUGGGAGUCAGCGGGGGAGCUCAGAGGGACUUCCCCACAACAGAGAAGCAGGCUGAAGGUGAAAAGCUUUGUGAGGAAACAUGUGGUGAACCUGUCUGCAAAAAAACAAAAUUACAUCCAAAGGCAGGAGUGGUCACUGACAAGAAGAAAACUUGUGAAACGUGUGGGAAAAGUUUCAGUCGGUGCAGUUAUUUGGUGGUCCACAAGAGAUCUCACACAGGUGAGAAGCCAUAUCCUUGUGAAACAUGUGGGAAAAGUUUCACUCGUCAGAGUACGUUGUUGGAUCACAAAAGAUCUCACACAGGCGAGAAGCCAUAUCCUUGUGAAACAUGUGGGAAAAGUUUCAGUCGGUGCAGUCAUUUGGUGGUCCACAAGAGGUCUCACACAGGUGAGAAGCCACAUCCUUGUGAAACAUGUGGGAAAAGUUUCAAUAAACAGAGUCAUUUGUUGGUCCACAAGAGAUGUCACACAGGUGAGAAGCCGUAUCCUUGUGAAACAUGUGGGAAAAGUUUCAGUCAACAGAGUGCUUUAUUGGUCCACAAGAGAUGUCACACAGGUGAGAAGCCGUAUCCUUGUGAAACAUGUGGGAAAAGUUUCAGUCGGAACAGUCAUUUGUUGCUCCACAAGAGAUCUCACACAGGUGAGAAGCCAUAUCCUUGUGACACAUGUGGGAAAAGUUUCAGUCGCCACAGCAUUUUAUUGGAUCACAAAAGAUCUCACACAGGUGAGAAGCCAUAUCCUUGUGGAACAUGUUCGAAAAGUUUCAUUUAUCAGAGUGCUUUAUUGGCCCACAUGAGAUCUCACACAGGUGAGAAGCCAUAUCCUUGUGAAACAUGUGGGAAAAGUUUCAUUUAUCAGAGUGCUUUAUUGGCCCACAUGAGAUCUCACACAGGUGAGAAGCCGUAUCGUUGUGAAACAUGUGGGAAAAGUUUCACUCAUCAAAGUACUUUGUUUGUCCACAAGAGAUCUCACACAGGUGAGAAGCCAUAUCCUUGUGAAACAUGUGGGAAAAGUUUCACUCGGAACAGUCAUUUGUUGGUCCACAAGAGAUCUCACACAGGUGAGAAACCGUAUCCUUGUGAAACAUGUGGGAAAAGUUUCAAUGACCGGAGUUAUUUCUUGGUCCACAAGAGAUCUCACACAGGUGAGAAGCCAUAUCCUUGUGAAACAUGUGGUGAAAGUUUCAUUACCCGGCGUCAUUUGUUGCGCCACAUGAGAUCUCACACAGGUGAGAAGCCGUAUCCUUGUGAAACGUGUGGGAAAAGUCGAUCGUUGUUCUUUGCUGUGCCACAUGAAAAUUCACUUGAAGAUGAGAUGAUGAGACUGUUGACGAUCUCAUUGAGGAACUUCAUCUGUAGCUCCAAAUCAUUAAAGGUGCAUUAAGGAGUUUUUUAACUUCAAAAAUACUUAUU